AAACCCCUCCCCUCCCCACAAAACCCCUCGCCUCCCAGCGUCUGUUCCCCGCGCGCACCGCGGCAUCCGCGCGGCUACUGCUACACAAGCCCCCCCAAGCCCCCAAGUUCCCCCAGCCAUUUCCCAGAUCCCACGGGCGCAGCACGGGGAGAGAUCGCGCUCGCGCCCACCCACCCCCGCCACCCGGACCGACCGACGCAAUGGCGACACUCACCGUCCCCGCCGCCGUCCCGCCCGUCGCCGAGGACUGCGAGCAGCUCCACAAGGCCUUCGAAGGUUGGGGCACGAACGAGAAGCUGAUCAUCUCCAUCCUGGCGCACCGGGACGCCGCGCACCGCCGCGCGAUCCGCCGCGCCUACGCCGAGGCCUACGGGAAGGAGCUGCUCCGCGCCCUCGGCGACGAGAUCCACGGCAAGUUCGAGAGGGCGGUGAUCCUGUGGACGCUGGACCCCGCCGAGAGGGAUGCCGUGCUGGCGAACGAGGAGGCUAAGAAGUGGCACCCCGGCGGCCGCGUGCUGGUGGAGAUCGCGUGCGCACGCACGCCCGCGCAGCUCUUCGCCGCCAAGCAGGCUUACCACGACCGCUUCAAGCGCUCGCUCGAGGAGGACGUCGCCGCGCACAUCACCGGCGACUUCCGCAAGCUUUUGGUGCCUCUUGUAAGUGCAUACCGCUAUGAUGGCCCAGAGGUGAACACUUCAUUGGCCCACUCUGAAGCCAAAAUACUUCAUGAGAAGAUUCAUAAGAAGGCUUAUAGUGACGAGGAGAUCAUCAGGAUUCUAACCACACGGAGCAAAGCUCAGCUACUUGCAACAUUCAAUAGCUACAAGGAUCAGUUUGAUCAUCCAAUCAACAAGGAUCUGAAAGCUGAUCCCAAGGAUGAGUUCCUUGCAACGCUGCGGGCGAUCAUCCGAUGCUUCACUUGCCCUGACAGGUACUUUGAGAAAAUCCUUCGACUAGCUCUUGGAGGCAUGGGCACAGAUGAGGAUGAUCUCACCAGGGUCAUAACUACCCGCGCUGAGGUCGACCUGAAGCUGAUAAAGGAGGCCUACCAGAAGAGGAACAGCGUGACGCUGGAGCGUGCUGUUGCUAAAGAUACGACCAGAGACUAUGAGGAUAUUAUCCUCGCGCUCCUAGGAGCAGAGUGAGGAGGGUGUCUCAGCACCAUCUCGUAUGUACCUCCUUACUUGAUGGGUGCAUGAAGCUCCAUAAAAAGUGCUGAACGCAUGGUUAUGUUUCUGAACAAUAAUAAGUUUGUGACCCAGCCUGCAUAUAUAGCAGUGCUCGUUAAAUAAAAGAUGGUUUAUUGAUCUGCUUGCUAA